GCCCUGUCGUGCUGGCUCCGCCGGGGACGUGUUCUCUCGUCCCCCGCGGAGCGCGAGAGCCUCCGAGCGCCGUCGUCGUCGACGGGGCGCAGCAGUCAGUGUCAGCGCCAGCCCUGGGCCGCAGUGCUAUGCGGGUAGCGAUGGAGGCAGGCGACCUACGAGUGCCUGAAAUCCCUUUAGCUUCCGGUGAAGACGAUCUGGACAGCAACAAGAAUUCACAAAACGAGGAAGAACUCAAUCAUGCAUUGUCUGCAGAAGACGCUCGACUUCACGAAGACCUAUCCAGCUCGCUUGAGGAUUUGGUGGGAAAUUUCGACGAGCGAAUUAGUUCGUGUUUGAAAAAUCCAGAUGUGAACACCGAGGACAUUGCACCUGUGCAAGUUCGAACUCAAGAUGAAGUAAUGGCCGAGAGCCAAACAUGGUGGACGUUGACGUGCAAUUUCGGCAAUAUUCAACCGCUUGACUUCGACAAGUCGGCCAUUCGACGACGUAUGAUGCCUGCAUUGGAUCUCAAGGAGAGAAAGCUGAGCGACGAUGGUGGAGUAUCGCUGUCCGAUGAGGAAGACCUAAGGGCCAGGAUGGAUAUGCAUCAGUUAGUUGCGCAUGGUUCUAUUGGAGGUGAUUCACCUCCUCAAACAGCUGACCAGGUCAUCGAGGAAAUUGACGAAAUGCUGCAGUCUUGUGACUUCACUGGCUCGAUGAUGACCGAUCGAACAAUGGAAUCUGUGGACAGUAUGUACUCGUCGAUGCGCUCUCCGUUACCAUCAGGACAUUCCAGUGAAGCUGACAUGAAGCUACGUCAAGCGCAAGCACUUGCAGCCAAUCCAGAAAACUUGAACGAGCUGUCGUAUUCGAAACUGGUGACGCUGAAUGCAGAAAUGGAGCAACUCAUACAAGUUUAUAACGAAAGCCUUGUGGAUGAGCUUGCGCACAGGGACGAGCUCGAGUACGAAAAGGAAAUGAAGAACACAUUCAUCUCGUUGCUCUUAUCCAUUCAAAACAAGCGACGUCAGUUUGCAAAUGAACGGAAGAGGAAAGGGGGACGCGGCUCUGUGUUACCGCAGUUGGUCAAUCUGCCACCGGGAAAAGUUGCCUGGAAGCGACGAUCGACAAGGAUCGAUCCAUCUCAAUUGCCGCAGUAUAUGACGGCCAGUAUUCCAUACAAUGAUCAUCAACAUAUGGAUAAUGCUACGCUUUCUUCAUUGAUAAAAAUUCUACGAGCGAUCAACGAUGAUAGCUCUACAGUGCCUACACUACUCACCGAUUACAUUCUAACAGUAGUGUGCCCAAAGACUGUAGUCUGCUAGCCCGGUGCUUCACGAUCUCCAUAGAUCUCUAUCGCCUUGUGCAACCACACAUUAACUCCUACCGUAUGGCGGAAAUUUCUCGACUGCCCAGAUAUUUGGAUCGGACGAAAUGUUUCUGGAACAUUGAAUAUUGUCGCUGUGCUUUGUUAUCUGAUGAGCAACUCGUUUCGCUUUGACAAGCCACCAUGAAAAAUUGCGAAAAAAUUUUGGGCUUGGAAAACCGCCAUCAUCCAUACAGUAGCUGUACCCGCUCGCCUGUAAAACCUAUCGCUUCAGUUCAUGACACAUCAGUUAUUUAUACAAUUUUUUCUAGGUAGGUUCGAUCAUAGAGAAUCGAAAAUUGUUUGAGGUCUGCUAAAGCUUUACCAUUCACAUCACAUCCGACUAUUCACGCUGUUCUGUCCUUUAUAGGCGCAUUAUAAACGUUUAGGCUUUUCUUACAAUGAACACCACCAUGUUCAUUGUGUGCGUGUGUGAUUUUUGUCUGUGUGCUUGACAUCUUGUUUUAUCUAUUACGAAUAUAGAACAUUUCUUGAAUCUCUUUAGAAUCUGCACAAUUUUUUCAGUCAACGCUCACUUUUCCAUAUUGUUAUCGAAAGUGUAGACCUUCUCUUUGCACCACAAGUUGCUAUAGAAAGUGUUGAGCUCUUCGGUCACCUUUCCAGUCAAUUCAAGCCAUAUGUUCAUGAUUUUGCAAAUAUUAUUUAAUGCAUCACUGUCUUUGUACAUUUUUUGAGAAUGAACUUAUCUCAGCU